AUGCGAAACGAUAAGUCGAUGCCGCACACGGCGAACCCUUCCCCGAUCCCGCCCUCCAAUGGCGGUACGAUUUGUUCUGACCACAAGUCGCUCGAGCUUUUCAACGCCGCGCAUCCAAACCCAACAGGGCAGCAAAUUGAAGUUGCACCAAUUGCAUUUCUCACAACAAAUCGCGUUGUAUCUGCCCUGAAGAAAGCAAUAGGGCGUUUGGAGCUGCUGAACCUGCUCGACACUACGGCUCCGGACGAUGGCUACAAUGCUUCUCCAUUCGUGACCGAACAACGAACAACCAAUAGUCUAUUCGCCAAAGAAGCGAAAUCAACUACCGCCGACACGGUACCACGUAAAGCCGCGUUGAUCGCCGGACUUGGGGGUGAGACAUCCCACCGAGAAAUAAGGGAGAUAAAUCACGCCCUUCAGGUAGCUGCGACAAAACAACGCACCGUCCGACCCACCGUUGGGGACCUUGUACAAGAACAGCAGGCCCUUGAACAAAAGUAUGGCGAACUCCUACAAAAGGUGGGGCGUGUCAAUCCUAGUAGGAGCGGUCCGACCUUAGACCCGAGCUGCUUUGCUUCCGUGCAAGACUUGGAUAAACUGGCUCUCAUAGAGGAGCUUAAGCAAACCUCCAAGCGGCUACGAGAACAUAAUAAGGCCCUUUUCACACGUCUUAAGGACAAUCCCAAUGACUCCGACAACUGGAAGAAGGUUGGCAACGAGCGGUUAGAGUUGAUAGAGCUACUCAAAUCUGUCAUUAAAGAGCUCACUGUGGGGUACGCCAGUGGUCGGACGCAGUCUGCAAGAACCGGCCUUUUGGCUAGACGCUACAGUCGAGGACCGAGGCUGAGUGGGACAAAUGACAGUUCUGGUACGGAGGCGCGAGAAACAACUCUAUCAACUGCCAUGAACCGGUUUGGUAGUUCGGUACAACUGAAACGAGCUGGGCGGAGCCCUUCAGCCGCGCGCAUUCCGCUUACCUCCACCUUUGAAAAGUUUGCCAAACUAGUUUCAGAUGAGCAGAGUGCUCAGUUGUGGGCGAGUGAGCUUGUGCUGAAGGAAAAAGAACUGAAUCAAAAUGUGAAACAGCUUCAGCAAGAGCUCAAGACCCAGAAAUUAUUGAGGGAGAAGGAAGUCACCGAGUUAAAGUUGCGUGUCGCCGAGCUGAGGCAGAAACUGCGUCAAGAGAAAAAACUAACUAAGCAGCGCGGUGAUAUGGUGAGAGCGGCCGCCGAAGCUGCGCACGAAGCAAUGCAGCGUGCUGCAGAUGAUAAGGCGCAUAUUGUAUUGGAUGGCAUGCAGGCAAACAGAGCUACGGAUGUGAUGGAAGAACGCGCGCAUGCCGCGUUCAAGGAGCAUCUCUUAGAACGUACUGCUGCGAUGGAUGAUCUUGCUAUGCAGUGGGACAGGAAGAAUCAAAAUGAGGUGAAGCGUGCUGAGGCACGUAAGAUUGAUCUGGAGCAAAUGCGGCAGCAGUGCGCCGAGCGUUUAGAGAAGGCCCGCAAAGACAAGGAGGUGGAGCUGGAAAAGAAAGCAGAGAGAGAUGCUGAAAAGGAAAAACUGGAAGCUGCAAAAGUAGCGGAGGAGCUGCGGAGGAAUACGGUUUAUGAAGCCGUGUCAAAGAUACAGUCGGCGAUUCGGGCGAUGUUCACGCGGAAAGCGGUUGCUGUAUUGAGGAAGAAAGCUAGCAAGCAUAAGCGCAAGACCUGA